ACAGCGCGGCGCUGCAUCCAAGCGGUCCCCUCUGGAUCUCCGAGUGUUUCUCUCAAAUCUGAGUGUGGUCACAUGAACAAUGCGAUGGGCCCGGUUCUAGUGCUGCUUCACUUUGUUUCCAUCCUGGCUGUCGAGCAUGAAGCGCUGCCCCGCUUCUCCAGACUGCUCCUCGAGCAACAAGGUCGGCCCCAUCAGUCUGUAGUCCACCCGGUGAAAAUCAACGGCCAUGGAGAGUUUGUGUCCAAAUCUCUGGCUCACCACUUCAGGGGUGGAAGACACCGACGUGCCCUGCGCCCUCAUGGCUCAGAGGAACGGGUUUACUAUGAGGUUAACUACCAAGGUCGUGCCUUAACUUUCAACUUAACUGCAAACAAUCAACUGGUUUCAAAUGACUACAUCGUGGAAAGACGGAACGGUGGCGCCAACACCACUGAGCAUCGCUCAUUUGAGGGCAACUCCUGCCAUCUCCACGGCUCAGUGUCGGCUGCUGGAGUGAGAGGAACUGCUGCCAUCAGCACUUGUAACGGCCUGAGAGGCUUCUUCUCACUCCCUGAGGGUCACUACUUUAUUGAGCCGCUCCAGAAAUCUCCUGAAGACCCUGAAGGGACAGCAGAGCCGCACAUCAUCUUUCCCAGAGUUCACACUGGAUCUCAGAGGAGAAAACGCAGCCCUGACGCCGGCGACUCCGUCAGCCCCUGUGGAGUGCAAGAUGACGACUCGGUCCGGUUGGAGAAGGAGCGAGAGGAGUGGGAGAGGAAGGAAGGUGAGAGGUCACGUCCUCGAACUCAGCGCUCGGUCAGCAGGGAGCGGUGGGUGGAGACGAUGGUGGUGGCCGACUCUAAACUGAUAGAAUAUCAUGGCAUUGACAACGUGGAGUCUUACAUCUUCACCCUCAUGAACAUGGUGGCUGGGAUCUUCCACGAUGCCAGUAUUGGAAACGCUAUCCACGUCAUUCUGGUGCGUCUGAUUCUGCUGCAGGGAGAAGAAAAAGGCUUGAAGAUCGUGCACCAUGCAGACACCACUCUGGCCAGUUUCUGUGCUUGGCAGAAGAACUUGAACCCUCAGAGUGACACUCAUCCAGCCCACCAUGACGUGGCUGUGCUGGUCACCAGGAAGGACAUCUGCGCUGGCAUGAAUGCUCCGUGCGAGACUCUGGGACUCGCUCAUCUGUCAGGGAUGUGCCAACCUCACCGCAGCUGCAACAUCAACGAGGAUUCAGGACUACCUGUCGCCUUCACCAUCGCACACGAGAUGGGCCACAGCUUUGGAAUCCAUCACGAUGGCCAGGGGAACGACUGCGAGCUGGAGGGGAGGCAUCCGUUCAUCAUGUCCAGACAGCUGAUGUACGACAGCUCGCCUCUCACGUGGUCAACCUGUUCCAAGGACUACAUCACCCGCUUCCUGGAUCGCGGUUGGGGUUUCUGUCUGGACGACCGUCCUUCUAAAAGAGACCUGACCACCCCGCUGGCUCGCCUGGGUGUUCGCUACACAACCCACCAUCAGUGCCAGCUCCAGUACGGUCCAAAUGCCACUUUCUGCCCGGAGGUCGAUAAUGUGUGUCAGAUUCUGUGGUGCUCAGUCAAUGGAUCUUGUCGCUCGAAACUAGACUCGCCUAUCGACGGCACCCGCUGUGGACCAGAGAAGUGGUGCAUCUCUGGUGAGUGUGUGAUUGUGGGCAAACUCCCAGAGACGGUGAAUGGAGGCUGGGGACCCUGGAGCACCUGGUCAUUUUGCUCCCGGACCUGUGGCACCGGUGUGCAGUCGGCAGACAGAGAAUGUAACAACCCCAAACCUGAAUUUGGGGGAAAAUACUGCACUGGAGAGAGGAAGCGUUAUCGCACCUGCAACACGAAACCGUGCGUGAAGGAGAUGCCGACCUUCAGGGAGAUGCAAUGCAGCGAGUUUGACACGGUGCCAUACCAAAACAUGCUGUACACGUGGGUCCCAGUUUCCAACCCUUUGAGUCCCUGUGAGCUGCACUGUCGUCCCAUCAACGAGUAUUUCUCAGAGAAGAUGCUGGAGACGGUGACGGAUGGGACUCCAUGCUUCAUGAACAACAAUUCAAGAAAUGUCUGUGUCAACGGAGUGUGUAAGGAAGUGGGCUGCGACUGGGGCAUCGACUCUAACGCAGUGGACGACCGAUGUGGCGUUUGUUUGGGGGACGGGAACAGCUGUGAGAUUGUGCACAAGUCAUAUGACCAAGAAGACGGCUUCGGGUACAUGGAUGUGGGAGUGAUACCUGAGGGAGCGCGGGACAUCCUGGUGGUAGAAUCAGAAGAGGCAGGGAACUUCCUGGCCCUGAGGAGCCAGACGUCCGAGGACUACUUCCUCAACGGGAACUUCAUCAUCCAGUGGAACGGCGAGUACGAAGCUGGGGGGACCACAUUCUACUACGAACGCAGUGGCAACCUGGAGAACCUCACCGCGCAUGGACCCACCAAGGAGCCAAUCCUGCUGCAGUUGCUGUUUCAGGAGCGAAAUCCUGGUUUGAAAUAUGAGUACUCAAUAAAGAAGACCAAAGUAACUGGAAAUGAGAUCCUAGAACGCAUCUACAGGUGGAGACUUGGAGCGUGGACGGACUGCAGCACCACUUGUGGCAUGGGUGAGCAGCACCAGCCUGCACGCUGUUUUGAGGUGGAUGUGGGUGUAGUGGACGAGUCUCUGUGCGACCCUGAGAGCCGUCCUCCAGACAGGCACAGGAGGUGCAAGAAUAUGGAUUGCCCCGCCAGGUGGUGGGUUGGAGGAUGGCAGCAGUGCUCAGCCACCUGUGGAACAGAUGGAAUACGAAAGCGAACAGUCCUGUGCGUCCGCACAGUCUCAGGGGAAGAGCGGGUUCUGCAUCCAAUGGAGUGCAAGCACCUGCUGAAGCCCAAACCUGUGGUGCCGUGUGGCAGAGACGUUGUGUGUGGGCAAGACUGGGCUGUCGGCCCCUGGGGAGAGUGUCCAGUGACGUGUGGAGGCAGCGUUCGAUCAAGAAUAGUGACGUGUGUAAAGAAAUCAUGUGACCCAACCACUAAGCCGCGCUCCAGGUCCCUGUGUGCCCUGCAGAGCUGCCCCAACUCAAGUCUGCGUAGACGCCCGGGGCCUGUUCCCAAACACCGCCGCUUCUUCCCACCAAAGAGGAGUCCCACUAAAGUUCCCAUCCUGACCACCACCGCUGCCUCCAACUACACAACUGUAUUCAGGUCAACAGCUGCGCCUGAUUUCAUCGAUGACUUUAGUGUCGUUGUGCAGCGGAAUAAUUCACCCAAAAAAGACAAAGAGGCUGAUGAUAUGAAGGGGGAAGAGGACAGCGAGGAGGGGAGCACCCCAGACAUUGAGAUGACGGUCACAGGUGACGAGGACAAAGCAAAAGAUGAGAUUAUCGACCUGGAUGCAGCAACAACAACCAGUGACAACAUCAACUCAACAACUCGUUCUUCUACAGUGGCCACGCCUACUUUACAAAACACUCCCACACGCACCACCUUUGCCCCACGCACCAAGACCACCCACCGACAGCCCAUUACCACUCCUCGGACCACCUCCUUUGCUCAGCAGACUCCUCACGUCACCACCAGGGCUGCAACAACAGCACGCAGUCCCUUCACCACCGUGUGGCCACAGACGACAGUGAAGGUCAUCAAGUUGAAGAAGCCAGCCAAGAAAAACCCGCCAGCGAAGAAGCCCAAAGUGAACCACUCCAAGAACCAGAACCAGUCGGUUGACGUCUCCAUCGGCAGCUCGGCCAGUGAGCAAGGAGACUUGAAGGACAGGGAGCCCACCAGGACAGUGGACGUAUUCUGGGAUGUGGGAAACUGGAGUGAGUGUUCGACCACUUGUGGUAUUGGGGCGAUGUGGCGAUCUGUUACCUGCAGCUCCCAAAACUCUGAGGACUGUGCCAGCAUGAAGAAGCCAGACCCGGCCCGGACAUGUCUCCUGCAGCCGUGUGCAACCUGGCAGGCUGGCAGCUGGAGCAAAUGUCCAGAUGACUGUGCGGAGAUGGGGCGGCGGCACCGGGAGGUCCUGUGUGUUGACACCCAAAGUAAACGUCCACUGCGACCUUUCCACUGUCAGACCAUGUCCAGCAGACCCCUGAGCACCCUGACCUGCCCUCACAGGGCCUGCAUGGCCUGGAGUUCAUCACCGUGGGGUCCGUGCUCAGGGAGCUGUGGAGACGGAGUAAGAGAGCGGCUGGUGUACUGUCCCGAGCCUCAACGCUGUAGCAGCACACUGAAGCCCAACAGCACCCAGACCUGCAGCCUGCAGCCCUGCACCUGUUGGAGGAGCGAGGAAUGGCAGCAGUGCUCGCUGAGCUGUGGAGGGGGUCGGCAGCAGCGGGAGGUCAACUGUGUGACCGAGCUGGAGUCAGCUGUGAUGCCAAACAACCUCUGUGAGAAGAUGUCCAAGCCUGAAACUGUCCAGAAGUGUAAUACACAAGAAUGUCCCACUAACACAGCCUCUCCAGCCUGCAAGAAAAACACCAUGUCAUCCCGCUUCUGUGACAAACUCAAACUUCUGGGUCGCUGCUCCUUCAGGUCGGUCCAGAAACAGUGUUGUGUCACCUGCAGAUCUUAGCCUCCUCGUCCUGCACUUGCAUCUCUCACGAACUGGACUGUUGGAGUGAUGAACAACAAACGUCGUGACAAAUACAAAUCUCUUCCUUCAGCUGCCUGGUCUCAUGAACAUAAGCCAUCUCAAAGGAUUUAUAGAUUUCUUCUUUUGCCUUCAACAAGGACGUAUGCCUAGAUAGAAGGUCCUGGCUCCAGUCUUUCCUCACAUUUAUAUGGAACAGUCGAGGUUCCUCAGGGACACCCAAGCAUCACCUUACCGCUUCAGUCCGACCAAAAGACCAGGCAGAGACAGUAAUACUUGGUGCUCCAACACUGGUGUCCCUGCCACAGUUGAGGUCCACCAGUGUACUUUAAAAUCCACCUCCUCACUCUCGCCACGGCUCAGACUGUGAGACACUGUUGCAAAUUAUAUAGCUAAUAAUUGACUCUCACCUUAGAAGGUUUGGUUAGAAGUUCAGGUCCAGACAAAGUAUCGAUUUAGCCAUGUUUAUCAACAAUCAGCCUGUGGCAGUUCAGCUUGACUGAAUAAUUCUAGUUUUCAUGUUCAAAUCUAUGUUGAUGGUGAAGUUGCUGCACUCCACAUUUCAUUGUCUAAGAACCCGCUGUAUCCGGUGAAGGUGCUAACGGCAAGCAGCUUUUUGUGUUGUGUUUACCGGCGUUCAGAAUGUAAAUAAAGUCUGACCUCUUUUUAAAUGUGUCAAUAAUGGUAAAUAAAACUCUUGUGCAAAUCUUGGCUUCAUCUCAAAGCUGGUACUGUGUGUUUGCAUAGAAAUAGACACAAACUGAAACACACAAUACUGCGGAACAGUAUUGCGGUGGACCGGGCCGAGUGCAGGACUAAGUUCUGAGACAGAGGAGUUGCGGGUCAUCCCUCUCAGGUCUGCUGCUGGCUUUGUAACAACUGUCUGGCUUUGUGAUUACGCUGCUCUGUAGCUGUGACCGGAAAUAAAAU